AGAAGCAACCUUGGAGGUGGUUUGAUAAAUGUGAAGCUGCAUUCCAAGAUCUGAACGUUGUUGUGUUGGAAGAACCGGUGCUCAAAUUGCUGGACUAUGGGGAGCCCUUCGAAGUCCAUACGGAUGCUUCAGACUUCGCUAUUGGGGGAGUACUCAUGUAGGAGGGUCAUCCGGUGGCCUACGAGAGCCGCAAGCUCAACAAGACCGAGUGGCAGUAUCCGGUGCACGAGAAGGAGAUGACAGCGGUGGUCCACUGUCUACGAGUUUGGUGACACUACCUUCUUGGAUCGCGAUUUGUGCUGAGGACAGACAUCGCUUUAAGCUAUUUCCAAACUCAGAAGAAACUCUCCCCAAAGCAAGCACGAUGGCAGGACUUCUUGGCUGAGUUUGAUAUGACAAUGGAGUACAAGCCCGAAAAAGCAAAUGUCGUGGUCGAUGCAUUGAGCCCGAAGGUGGAGAGAGUGAAUGCCAUACAGUUGGAGGGCAGAGGCCAAGCAAGUCAAUUGCACUCCAACUUCCUUUCCAAGAUCAGGGAUGGACUGUAUAGUGAUCCCCAAGCAGUAACCCUGAUGCAACUCAUCAAAGAAGGCAAGGCACGACGAUUUUAGGUCCAGGAGGGACUCAUUUACACAAAAUGGAAUAGGGUUUAUAUCCCUCAAGUGGACAAUUUGAGGCGUGAGCUCUUAAGAGAGUGUCACGAUUCCCUUUGGGUUGGACAUCCGAGUAUUCACAAAACCUUGGCUCUCAUGGAGAGGGCAUUCUAUUGGCCGAAGAUGGGGACUGAUGUUGAGGAAUAUGUUCGAACGUGCCUCACUUGCCAACAAGACAAGGUGGAGCAAUGGAAGCCGAUGGGACUUUUGGAAUCGUUGCCCGUACCAGAAAGGCCGUGGGAGAGCAUUUCCUUAGACUUCAUAUCAAGCUUGCCGACAGUAGGGGGAUUGGGAUCGAUACUCGUAGUAGUCGAUCGAUUUUUAAAGUUUGCAACUUUCAUUGCUGCGCCCCUACACUGUUCAGCAGAGGAGGCGGCCAAGCUGAUGAUGAAGAAUAUGGUGAAGUAUUGGGGAGUCUCGCAUAAUAUUAUCGGUGAUUGUGAUGCUCGGUUCUUGCGAUGAUUUUGGACCGAGCUAUUCAAAUUAUUGGGGUCUAAGUUAUACUUUUCCACAAGCCUCCACCCCUAGACAGAUGGCCAAAUCGAAAGGAUAAACUCGCUCCUGGAACAAUAUCUUCGGCACUACGUGAGUGCCAACCAACGAGAUUGGGUGAAGCUGUUGGACAUAGCCCAAUUCUCCUGCAACUUGCAGCGGAGCUCUGUGUCCAACAAGAGCCCAUUCGAGAUUAUUACAGGAUAACAACCGUCGACUCCUUACACCCUGGCUAUCGGAUACAUUGGGAGUAGUCCGUCAACUUAUCACUUUGCCAAAGAAUGGCACUGAAAUGUAGAUAUUGCGCGGGCUUACUUGGAGAAGGAGAUCAAAAAGAUAAAGAAGUGGGCCGACUUGGGAAGGCGAUCGUAAGAGUUCAAAGUCGACGAUUUAGUGUUGGUGAAGCUCCAACUAGCAUCACUCCAAUCCUUUAGGAACAAAGUACACAAAGGAUUGGUGCGCAAGUAUGAAGGGCCCUUCCCAAUUAUCAGUAGGGUGGGCAACGUCUCCUACAGGUUGCAGCUACCGGCGUGGCUCAAAAAUCAUAAUGUUUUUCACGCUUGCAACUUGAAAGCCUACCACUCAGAUCCGCAAGAUGCUUUCCAAAAUGUUCCAACUCGGCUACCCCCCACCAUAGCCUCCUACGAGAAGCGAGUUGAUACCAUUCUAGCGGAUCACAAGAUAAAGCUACCUAAUGGUGCUGAGCAGACCGAGUACUUGGUGAAGUGGCGAAAGCUUCCCCGAACUGAAGCAAGUUAGGAGCCCGAAGACGCCCUACGACAUGAAGAAGCAAUCAUCAACAACAACCAACAAGCAUCGACGAGGGCGUCGACAGGUUAAGUUGGGCAGAAUGUCACGAACGGUCGUCGCGCACUCGCAACAACUUCGUUCAACGAACCGUUCGUCGCUUUUGCAUGCUUGAACAGAGACAUGACAGCUUGUUUUGCCUUGGUUUUAUGUGUUUUUGCUUGUAAAAAUACAUGUUCGAACAGGUUGCAGCGCACAGUACGACUGCUCACCGCGUUGGGUUAAAAAGCCCUAAAAUGGCUCCGUUUUUGCGUGCCGCGGGCUGUUUUCUGCAGCCCGCUGCACCUCGCAAAAUGUCAAUCAUCUCAGCACCCUAGAAUCCCCCCGGUAGCACAGGGCUGGAUGGGGCUUCGGUAUAUUGUCGGGUGUUGAAAAAUCUUCACAAGUUUGCACGUUGACUUGAUGAGAACUUGCCUUCGCGCCCGGCACCCGGUGAGCAGUUGUUUGUGGACUUGCAACUAUUCGUUCUACCUUUUAAAGUCCUUAUUUUCCUCCUUUCUCUCUUUUAUCUAAUACACGUAAGGUGCUCGCUGAAUUGCUUGUAAAGCUUCCCUCUUCGCGAGACGUUGGGACUUGUCCGUCGCUCGUUCUUCGAACUAAUAAACUUUCUCUUUUACAGGUCCUUCGGGACCUGAGUGAGGUUGUAAAUUGGCUGACCUUUGCGGAUGUAUAUCGCAAGGGCGCGUCAAGACUUAGGCAAUCCUAGUUAAGUCCGAGAAGUUGGCACAAGGGUGCUUCGUGACUUAGGCAACUCAAGCUAAGUUCGCGUCUUGGCCGCAAGGGUGCCUCUCGACUUAGGCAAUUCCAGCUAAGUCCGUGACAGUGUGUCUUCCGAAGCUAUCUUAGAAAGUGGUGCCGCAUAUGGAGAGCCAUCAUCUAUUAGAAAGAGAGAACAUCAUCCAAGGGAAGCGUCGUGAAAUUGUUUCCCCACUUCAAUCUCCGAUUAAGAUGUCGAUUCCCUUCACCAAUCUAGAAAUAGGCUUCGACUCUGAAUUGUUUGCCUUCAUGCGGUUCAAACUCUUUGUGAACUUUAAUUCGGGACUCUUUGCCUCUUAGUUUGCUAUGGUGUGUGUGGCUCUUGCAUCCACCAAUGCCUGAAUCAUCUUCUCAUUUAAUCUAAUGUCCAUCAACAUCAAUAGGAUGUCGUCUUUGUCUCUCUUAAUGUUGUUUUUGAUUGCUUUUCCACUUUGAGCUCACAUUGCAUUCAACAAAUUACACUGACCCAAUGCAUGGUCGUUGUGGUGAUCCUUCGUCACUUCCCAAUUCUAACAAACUAGAGCCUGAAGAGUCACCUUUCUUCUUUGGCCUCCUCUUGAGCUUCUCCUGGACUUCACCUCUUAAUGCAUUCAACAAACACACAAUUCCCAUGUGAGGUCUUGGCGAUGAGACGUUGCUACUCAAACACAACCUGCCCAAACUAGAUGAUUUUGCCAAUGCUCUUCUUUGGCAAUGAAGAAGCCGUAAAGGUAGGACAAUAUUGAGUGCUUCUCUUUGUUGCGGCCAUUUGAUUGCUUUUCGUUGUUGGCAUUCCAUUGUUGGAUGCUGUCCACCGCACAAAUGACAUGUGCCAGACUUUAGGACUUUUGUAUCCAUGUUUCAUCAAAGCACUUUUCUUCUUAUUUGGAAGUUUUUGGAGAUCCCUUCUUUAGUAAGUACUUUUUCUUUGUCAUCUCUAUUAUAGAGAAAUCUGUGAGUCGUUCCGCCUUUACGAGUACACCUAUUAGCUUAUGGACAUUUUAAUGAUGCAACUCCUGCUGAACCCACAAUUUUAAAUUGUCAAGGAAGUAGAAAAGUUUAUCUUUCUCAGACAUGUCUUGGAUGUUCAACAUCAAUGUAAAAAACUACUUUAGAUAAUCACGAAUUGUCUAGGUCUAGUGAAGUUGCCACAACUUUCACGGUGCGAUGAACCCUGUAUUCUCUAACAUGAAUCUAGAAAUAGGCUCAGACAUGUCUUGGAUGUUCAACAUCAAUGUAAAAAACUACUUUAGAUAAUCACGAAUUGUCUAGGUCUAGUGAAGUUGCCACAACUUUCACGGUGCGAUGAACCCUGUAUUCUCUAACAUGAAUCGAGUAUUCAAUUCCCUCUUCAAGGCUUCCCAAGUGUCAAUGUUUUAGCGAUCCUAUUUCAUAUCCUCCCAGCAUGUGUGCCACCACAGUUUUGCAUCAUCGAUGAGAUAUAUAAUUGCCGGCGACACCUUGGAAUCUUUAGAUUCUGGUGAGGUCGCUUUGCAGUAUUAAUCUAUAUCAAAGAGACUUUUCUGACUUCUUGGCAUCCUGAGCACCAUUAUGGCUCUAUGGUUUGGGAGCCUUCAUUUGUGAUGAUAGAUGACUACGAGACAUUCCUUUUCACAUAUGCACACUUGCAUGAGUGUUAACACAUGAGAUGUCAAUUCCCUUACUCUUGUAAGUAUUGUACGGAUUCUCUCAUAUCAUUCAUUAUCCUUUCUACUUGGAUCUCCAACUGAUCUAGUCAGGAUUCUGACCCUUCUUGCUUGGACUCUAUCACCACAAAGCGUUCCCUGUUCCUGUAGAGCUUUACUAACUUUCAAUUAACACAAUGUUGAGCCACAACUCCAGCUCAGCCACUCUUCAUUGCUUCUACCCGUUCAAGUUGCCCUUUGUGUUGUGCCUCUUCUGCACGAGAGAACUCUUGCUCUGUGGGCAAAUCACUGCAAAUACCACUCCUCUUGAGCGUCUUUGCUAAUUUUCGCAUGAGUUUCUCAUUUGUUUUUAGGGAACGAUCACAUUUUUGUAGCUCCUAUUGUACAACCGUGCUACUUUUGCCAUGAUGUCUCACCAUGGCAAUUCAGUGUUUGUUUGACCCGCUCUAACUUUACUUUGUCAUCUUGUCACGUCCAUAGUUGGGGUUACCUAAGGCAUGCGACACCCAAGUGAUAUUCGUUCACAAGGGUCAACCUAGACAUUAAACUUGUGCAGUCCACAAAGGACCUACUCAUGCUUACGGGGAAGGUUAGAAAGACAAACGAAUGGGUAAUAUGUUGUCGUUGCAUACGGAAAGGGCAAGAUAAUCAAGAUCACAAGCAACACAAAGCUACCAACUUUUAUUAGGCACAAAAGGCUCUAAAAAAUGGGCUAAAUGAUUACACUCAAAAGGGUUCUUUGAGUUCAGAAGGCAGGCCCAAUAUUCACCUAGCACUAUCGUUUAACAAAAAAUGGACACACGAAAGAUGUUCCACCACUUGAUGCCAUCCAAGGUUCUAGGGUGUUGAGACAACAGAUGUUUUGCACCAAAAGACUGUCAACUAGAAAUCAACUCAUAGCACAUGAGAACAGACACACGAUAAUGGGCACACGAGAACAAAUUAUGAUGCCCUCUGUGCGAUGCUAUAAAGCCAGAAAUGUUUCCGAGUUUUACAUAGCAGAAACCAAAAAAAAGAACACUUCUGACAAAGCAAAAUGAGGUUGAUUGUACUUUCAAUCCUGGACAAUCUGCCUAGAAGAAAAUUCUCGGGAACACUGGAAAACAAUAGGAAACAAUGACUGCAAAGCAUCAUGGAUGCAUGUCCAUCGCUCCAUGACAGCAUCAAGUGACUUCUGAAAAUAGUAUUCCACUCUCGCCCCAAUGGCUCUAUGCCAAGGCUAGUGACAGCAAGGUUGUAUUUCUAAUGUACCGGAUACCCGCCCACCAAAUUCAGCAUCUUCUGGAACCUUGCCUGAUAUUAUUCAGAAAGAUAUGUGGCGUCUGGAUGGAUCCCAGGAUAAGAAAGAAUGGAUAAGAAAUGCAAGUGAUGUAGAUUUUAGCCGCCGUUGGCGUGAAGAGGAGAGAGAAACUAGCUUGCUUGGUAGGAAAGAACGUAAAAAGGAAGGAGAUCGAGAAACCGAGUACCGAAAAAGUGACCGCCGUCCUGACAAUAUCCUGUUGAGAGAAUCUGCUGAUUCUAGGAGUUCACCUUCAUCUGACAAGUUUUAUGAAGUUCCUAAUCGUGGUACAGGGAAUGAAAAUCGCCGUGACAGCAAGUGGUCAUCUAGGUGGGGUCCGGAGGACAAAGAGAAUGAAAUGCGGACAGAAAAGAAAGUGGAUGCAGAAAAAGAAGAUUCUCACGUUGAGAAACAGUUUUUUAUUGCCAGCUUCCGCCCCUUAUCUGGAUCUGAUUCUCGUGAUAAGUGGAGGCCACGCCAUCGUCAGGAUGUUUAUUCCGGUGGGUCAUCAGUGAUUCGUGCUGCUCCUGGAUUUGGGUUGGAAAGAGUUUCCACGGAGGAUUCAAAUGUGGGUUUUGCUCGUGGUAGGGGUAGAUCAGACUCUGUUACAGGAUUGCAAUUUGGCAGGUCAUCUGCUGCUGGCCCUAUUGGUGCAACUCCAGUAAAUAAAGCGGAGUUCCGGUAUCCCAGGGGUAAACUACUAGAUAUUUAUAGGAAGCAGAAGAUGACAGUCAUUGAUGCUACUCCUGUGAGAUUUGUAGAAGUUCCUCCGAUAACAGAAUCUAGCUUUGUGACUCCUUUGGCCUUUGUCAUACCUGAUGCUGAGGAAGAGGUUCUUCUGAAAGAUAUUUGGAAGGGGAAAGUCAUGAGCAGUGAAGCAAGUUCAAGUUGGGAAAGGAUGGCAAGGGAUAAUAAAAUUGGGAUAGGUGAUGGAGACAAAACCCUGAUUGAGAAGAAACAUGCUAGAAGGGGACCUUUUACAAAUUCUGAAGAGUUGAAUUCUGACCAUGAAGAACGAAAGGCUGUCAACACUAUGAUUAAUUUGGUGGGUUUUAAUGGUUUGACUAAAAAAAUUGCAGAUCAUGAGGUUUUUCAUGAUAAACCAGUUUCAGUCAGCAAUAUUACUAAUUCCCAGAUAAAUGAUGGUCAGAUUGAAGUAGUAAAUGUUGAUGAUGAAUCAAGUCAUGUGGAUAUUCUAAAAGAUAUCAAGUUAGAAGGACAGGAUUUAACUGUCUCUGAUUUUAAUGCUAAGCUACCUGAUGAGUCAUACCCUUUAUUUGAUUCAUCUUUUGUUGAAGCGAUUCCAAGAAUCAACAAACUUAAAAGCAGCAAAGCUGAGAUGAAUCUUUCAGAACAGGGCACUCCUGAGGAGUUGAGUUUAUUUUACAUGGAUCCCCAAGGAGACAUACAGGGCCCAUUUCUCGGUGCUGAUAUCAUCUCAUGGUUUGAACAAGGUUUCUUUGGUACAGAUUUACCUGUGUGCUUAUCAGAUGCUCCUGAUGGCACACCUUUUCAGCCACUUGGUGAAGUAAUGCCUCACUUGAAACUGGAGUUCCAUUCUGGCCCUGAUAUCUGUUCUGGCGAAAAGUCCGAACCUUUGGAUGCUACAAGGAGUGACCUGGAGUCUUGUAUCCCUUCUUCCCAUGAUACUGGUAGUUCUUCCACCACAAACAAUCAAAGAAGGGCGCUAUCAUGGGAUUCUCUGGAUCAUCAUGGAAAACAUGAUGUUCCUGAAAAUGAAGCUUUCACAGAUCCCAACAAAAACAGUUUAUCUUUCCCUAGCUCAGGGACCCCACCAGGUGCAACUGGUGGACACAUCUUUCAUGAUCUUACUGGGCGAGAUGCAGAAGUUGUAUUGUACAAAGGUAGGUCCAUGAGUGACAUGGGGAAACAAUCAGGAAAAUUUGCUAAUGACCACAUUGCUCUAUCAAGGUCCCCUAAUAAUCAUCACUAUAUGGUGCCAGAGGCUGGAAAUACUAGUUUUGCCAGUGAGCACAUUCCAAGAGAGAAUAAUUUGGAUCCUUUUGGAUUAUUCUGGUCUGAGCUAGAAGGAACUCAACAGAAGCUUCCCCUUUCAUCAAAUAUUGCAGGGUCUGCUGAGAAUUUGAUUGGCAACUGUGAUUCUUCAAGAAAUUCCUUUCCAUUUGGCCUCAAUCAGACGCAGUUCAAUUUGAUCAGUGACUUCCCUAUUGCCAACAAUUCAUUGUCCAAAAACUAUAGAAGGAGCAAUAGUUUAAAUAUAAUUCCUGAUAUGUUUGAUGCAAAUAACAUGUCACAGAUUGAAGCUGAGUCAAGCCACUUUGGCUUAGAACAGCGCCUACUCUUCCAACAAUUACAGAUGAAAGAACUUCAGCAGCAAUGUUUACUGGCCCAUCAAAAUGCUGAGUUCAGUGGUACACUUUUGGACCAGGUGCAUGGACCUAUGCACCAACAUCACCAUGUUCAUCAACAACCUGUGGAGGAUCUAGAGCGUAUGUUGAAAUUUCAGUUUGAGCAGCUGCGACAUCUUGAUAUGUUGCAGCAGCAACAUCAACUGCGUCAGCAACAGACACAACUGCAUGAGCAUCAGAUUCAAUUGUUACAACAUCGUCUUCAUCAUGAACCGCAACCACAACAAUCCCAGCAGCAGAUGUAUCUUGAACAUCUGCUGCAUCGGCAAUUACUUGAAGCUGGUUUUGGAACAUCCAACAUUGAUCCUCAUGGGAUAAACAUGUUUGAUCAGGUUCGCUUUAGACAGCAGCUCUUGAAAGAGUCACAACAGUCUCACAACCUUUCACUGCAUCAUGACUCAGCUAUAGAUCAACAUAUCCAAGCAAACUUAGGGCUGAAUAUUCAACGGCAGAGUCAUAAUGGUUUAUUGGAUAUUCUAUCCCAUUCCAGUCAGAGGCAGGUGCCUCCUAUAGAACAACAAUUUCUUUUAGGGCUUCAGCUGGACCAGCUUCAGGCACAACUGUCGUCCCCUGCUUCUACCAAGCUGUCUGCAAUGGAAGAAGAGAGACACAUAGGGGGGGUUUGGUCAGUUGGUGAAUCUGGUCAGUUUAUCAGGACUGCACUUGGUCCACACCAGGAUUUUUCUGCCAGAUCUAGCCAAUCAGAGUUUAUGCAGGCAGCAAAGGGACCAUUGUUUGAGCAGCGCAGUCAUGUUCAACCAAACAUUUUGUUUCAUGAGAGAAUGAAACGAGGGCCUUAUGAACAAGGGUCACAUCCUAUUGACAGGCUACAUAUGCAUGCAGGUACUCCUGGUCCGAACUUGGAACUCAUUAAUGCCUUAGCACGAGUACAAGGACUGGAUGCACAUGAGCAUCUUAAUCAUCUGCAUACUUCUGGUGAGGUAGGACAGCUUCCUUCUAGUGUACACUCUCAUCAGAAUCAGAUUGCUAAUGAUUUAACUGGUGCAAGCAUGGAUGUGAGUGAGAGGCACUGGUUUGAACCAAAUAGGCAGCUCUCAGCUGAUUUAAUGGAAUCCCAUUUGAAGCACUUGCCAAUAGAAGCAGAAAAGAAGAGGGGCAUUAGCAUAAGUCACUCUGUUAAGGACCCAAAUGUAUGGGCAUCAUUUGUAGGAAAUGAUGGAAGUUCAGGACAUGAAUUGAGAGACUUGCUCCAUCAAGAAAUGCUUCUCCAAUCUCAACAGCCACUAGGAGUAUAUAGCACUCCAUCUUCCAAUGAGCAUGGGGACUCUUCUUGGCUCUAUUCUCAGCAUGGUCCAGAGCAUUCCUUUAAUCUUGACAUGGAUAGAGUGGGACUUAGUGGUUCUAUGUCUGAGGGUUCUCUUUUUUCUGAAGUAAGACAGCCACGAAACGAGCAACUGAUCAACAAAAAUCUGGAAGGUAGUGCUAAUGACAUUGAGAGCAGUAGAAGGCCCAGUUUGAGAUCUGGUUCUGCAACAUUAAUUGAACAGAAACAUUUUCUUUCAGAUACGGAUUAUAUUGAAAGAGAGAAAUUUGUGACUUCUUUGGGUGAUGCUUCCUUGCAAUCAUUUGAUUUCUACAAUUUAAAGGAGGUGGAAAAUAGGAAGAUGCAGGGUCUAAAGGGCAGUUCCAGGACUCAAUCAGCAUUGAACAUGCAGGACAGUGGGGUUAUGCAAGCAAUAGGUGGAGGUCAUGAGGAGGUUAAUGUUGACAAACUUUUUAGGCAUGAUUUAUCUAGCAAGGCUGCCAGAGGUUUGAGCUUCUACAAUUAUGAAACAGGGACUGAUAACGCUCAUAUUGAAGGGAUGGGUAAUAACAUGAUUUCUGGUGAUAUCUUGAAAGGAGAUGACAAUUCAUUCUUAGCAGAUACUUGUGAUCCUCAUUCUACCUCAUCUAUAGCAGGAUCUGACCUGGCCUCAAAGCAAUCUGCAAAGGCAAAGAAUCCUACUAAUGGAUCUUCUGAGGGAGGAUGUCUCAACUUUGGAGGUAAUUCUACAUCCCAUGUCUCAGAGACAUCGAUGUCUAACAAGAAAGACUUGAGAUUUCGUCGAACCUCUUCGAGCAGCGAUGCAGAUGUUGCAGAACCUUCAUUCAGUGAUAUGCUGAAGAGUACCAAAAAGACCAUGCCUGAUCCCGAGUCUCUAGAAGUUGUCUCAUCUGGUAAGAGUGCCAAAAAGAAAGGAAAGAAGGGCAGACAGAUUGAUCCGUCACUUCUUGGUUUCAAAGUCCAUAGCAACCGCAUAUUGAUGGGUGAGAUCCAGCGGCCAGAUGAUUGAGUAUUGCGCGUCUUCCGUAAUCACUGUCUAAUUGUUCCAUUGCAAGGCUGUACAGGUCCUCGUACAGUUUUUUUAAAUAUUUUAGAUAGUUCUUUUUUUUUUCACAACAGAUCAGUUGUAAAGCGGGGUUCAUAUAGAUGAAGACUCACUGUACGUGGGGAUGGAACAAGCGUGCAGAUUUUGUAUAGACCAACAAAAUCAAUGCAAAUAGUUUCAUGAAUGCAGCUUCUUUUUUCACCUUUUA